UGAUUCAUCCUCGCAUUCACACUUCUCAAGAACAUUGACCAUGGCACCUCCUGAAAUCCAUUCAACCUUCUCCGUCACUUCGGGCGGCCUCUGCUUUGGAAACCUCACCGAAAUCUGUAAAGGGGCAUCCACCACGAUCCAAGCAUUUCCCAACGUCAGACCGAAAGUCAGCGGAACCGUCAAAGCCCACAAGAUCGAGUACAAUGUGGCAGCGGAAAACGGAACCUGGAAUGUCUACCAGCUAAUCGACCGGGAACUACGCUGCAUUUCCGGAUGGUUUGUCUGCCAUUCUACCAUCGUCGAUGACCCUGGCCAGGAAAUGAACAAGAUUCUCCGAGUUUCCGGCUCCCCCUACGAAGCAGAAAGUGGAAGCAAGAUGAACAACGACAAAACAGCUGCAGAGGGAAUCUUUGUCAUUAAUCGAUAUGAUUGGAUCAGAAAUUUCGAUAACAUUGACAUCAAUGAUCCCAAUGAUGAUAAAAACGAUUCCCCGUCUCAAGAACACCCCUUUGAGACGAGCAUGUAUGGAAGCGCGGCCGGCCUCGUCGACUACGGCCAGGCCAAAUCCCAAGUGGACGCAUGGCGAGCACAGAACCCUCAACCAGCUAGAGAUGCCAUCGUCGCCGACGGCGGAAUCUGGAUGAUCAUUCCGCACGGUGAGUACCAUUUCAGUCGCUUUGGAUUUAAUGAAGCCCACACCGCGGCUCGGUCUUUUCUCUUCUUCACAACAAACACAUAUUUCACCCAAACUUCGUUCCGCGGCGAAGAUCAGGAAACAUUCCGUAAGAAAGAAUCCCACGAGGAAUGUUUUGCCAGACGUCUCCGUGAGGGAUACGACUUUUCUGGGAUUGAAGAGCUGAAUGAACGAUGUGGUCCUCUUCCUCAGGAGGAGGUUAACGCGGGGAUUCUGCGGUUGUUUCCUUUACGACCUCCUGAGGAGGGGUGGCUGGGUCCAUAUAACAAGAGAGAACACUUGUUUAUUCCUGAGGAGUAUGUGUUUUUGCUCCAUCAGCGGCCGGUUGUGCAUUACCCGCCAUCGCUGAGGGAGUACGUGCGAACUGAUCGGCCGGCGUGGGGAGUGCGGUUUGUCGAGCAAUGGGAGGAGCAGGUUUACGAUCUUAUCAAUGAAAUGACUCUAAGCUAUCUGGAGAGGGUUGUUUUGGGAGUUCUCCGCCCCCGGAUGACAUUGUCAGCGGGAUUGGAGUCAUCAACUGCAAAUGCAGCUGCGUCGUUUGCGGUGGCUCUGUUCCCCCGUCACCAGGAUCAAAAGCGCAGGGGGACAAAUGAUUUUAUGCUGUAUGAAUACUUUCUGCAUGCGUCUCCGAUGGAGGGGUUUGAGGUUGCGGGAGUGGUGGAAAGGAUAGUAGCGUUUUUCAAUUCGCGGCUAGGGAGGGAUGAAACCAAGGUGGGAGAAGGGGAAAAAGAGAUAAUGGAGAAGUUAGCUGGUGUGAUGAUUCUUUUAGUGAUGUUCUUGCUGGAUUUCUCCGGUCAGUGUGCCCGGACCUGUCAUCGGGAUGCAAUCGUGCCGUCGGAUGUUCGCGUGGUGUCAGCGGGCGACGAUGGGAUGUUCAAAAUGUUCCAGUACUCGAGGGUGUUCUGGGCAGGCCGACCCAAUUAGAUUUUCUCAUGGUCAGAUUUUUCUUUCUCCCUCUGAGAUAUAUGUACAUUUCAACUGUGUGACCAACCCAAAGCAGAUUG